GGCGGCAGCGGCAGCAGCAGCAACAGCGGUAGCUGCAGCAGGCAGUGGCUGGUCUUGCAGAACCCAACGGCAGGCAGCAGCUGGUCUUGCAGAACUCAUCAGGGAGCUUGAGCUUCAGCAGCAACUUGUUGCUCUCGAGGGAGGAAUAGGAGAUGUUGAGGUCUGCUCUGUCCACUUUCAGGGUCAAGGAGGACGAGAUGGAUAGGAAGAAGGUGGUCUGUGACUGCAUCCUCUCCCACCAGGUUCGGAUCAAGGAAGAGACCAAACGCUUGGCCACCAUUCGCAACCAAAACAGCUUAAAGAUGACGGUGGCAAGUAUAAAGCUGCUGAGGAACAAGAGACAGGCGAUGGUGAAGCAGAUAAGGCACGACAUCAUGUCUGGUCAGGACACCGCUGCUCGUGUCCGAGUACAGCUAGUUCUUUCACUACGAUUUGCGUUUGGUUAUUGCAUUGGCAGUUGGUGUGGCUUUUUGUGUUGGACGUAAUUCAUGUCUAUGUUGAGAGAAAUUGGUCUUGAGAAAAAUGGUUACUCUCAAAUUUCCAGUGAUUUUUGUAUAUCUAAUUUAUAAUUAGAAUGCUUUGAGAGUGUUGACCUUGAAAUAGUCAUAUCGGUUUUUGGUUGCAUUUA